UGAGUAGUUUUCAAUGAUGGGUUUGGAGAUAAGGUGCCCUUGGGAUUGAAAGAGAAUCACAAAAGGAAGAUAGAAAACUUCCUCUAAUACAAUACCCAGUAGUGAAAGGAUAAUUAACUAAGGCAGUAAGUUAACUAUAUUUAGUUAUUUACUAAGCUUGAUAAAUAACUUUCUACGCACGGGCCACAUCAUCUAUCGAUAAAGAAUCUGCGACAAACAAGGACCCCGCCAGCAAACAUUGAUAGGAAACACAACACAUAGAAGAACUCAAUCAUAACAUAAUGACAGCCACAAAGUCGGCAUCCUCUGGAUGUCAAAUCAAUGUUUUAUUUGUCUGUCUCGGGAACAUCUGUACAGUUUCCCUUUUCUCGAAUAGCAUGGUAUCGACUCUAACCUGUUCGUACUCUAUAGGUCGGUCUCCGAUGGCCGAGGGUGUCUUUCGGAAUAUGGCUGCUUCCCAUCCUCUAAUUAACGAGAUCGACUCCGCCGGUACAGGGGCUUAUCAUACCCACGAACCUCCUGAUUCUCGGACCAUGUCAACUCUCCGCCGGCACGGUAUCAAUAACUACAACCAUGCCGCCAGAAAGGUUACCAAGGAAGACUUUCUGACAUUCGACUAUCUCAUGGCGAUGGACAAGCACAACUUGCGCGACCUGCUGGACAUACGCGAGUCGGUCAUAGCUUCUAUGAGGAAACCGGGCGGCGCGGCGUCGCGUGGCACCAAAGGCACUCGGGCGGCCUCCCUUGCCGCGAGCGGGGAAGCGAAGGUUGCGGAGGUGCGACUCUUCGGAGACUUUGGUCUUGGUGGAGUGUUGCAUGAGCGUGUUGGGGGCGGGGAAGUCGUACAGGACCCUUAUUAUGGAGGUGUCAACGGGUUUGAGGAGGUUUACCAGCAAGUGGUCCGGUUCUCAAAGGGCUUUGUGGAAUACCUGGAGAAGAACCAGGGCGAUAAGGCGGAUGAUUGAACGGUCUUCUUGCAGAGGGAUUUCGAGAUGAUUUGACAUAGAUACCCAGCACUUGUUUAGACUUUGAUCGACGAAAGCGUAACCCGGCGCUUAGCAAGCGUGUUCAAACACCGAUAGAGUGCAUGCUAGAGAC